AUGGAAGCUAGUUGUGACCUCAGAUCCUCGAUAGUUUUAUUUAAACAGCUAACAUCAUUAUUGGAAACGGCCCCAUUUGUUGUUACUUUUCUCGGUGCCAUUUGGAAUAUCCUUUUAUCUUAUAAGUGCCCAGUAAAUGUUGCAAAUGUCAAGCUAGGAAACGGUAAAACGAUAUUAGGAAGCAAAUUUGGAUCUAAUGAAGAGGAAACUCUGGACAAACUUGACAAUAUAACUGAAGAUGAGAGAAAAAUUGAAGAUGAACUUCGAGAAAUUUGGAAAGAAAUUUUGCGCAUAGACAUUGAGGACAACAUGGAUUUUUUUGACAGUGGUGCCACAAGCCAAGAUGUUACGAGGCUCAUUGAAGAAACUAGAUUCAAAACCGGAGCUGAGUUAGAAAACAUACAGGUAUACACAUCACCAACUUUCAUUCAAUAUUUUUAUGCGGUUAUUAAAAAACUUCGAGGCAUCGACAAUUUUCAGUUGAACUACGACAAAAUUGAGAUAUCAGUAAAUGGAAUGAAUUUGGUUUUUCCUCACCAAAUGUUUAUCGAUGGGCAAUUUGUGGAUAGCGAUUCUGGGCGAACAUACGAAACCAUUGAUCCAACAACUGAAAAACCCAUCUGUUCCGUACCAAAAGCAACUUCAAAUGAUGUUGAUAGGGCAGUAAAAGCAGCUAAAAAAGCAUUUGAGGACGGUGAAUGGAGUCGGAUUUCGGCGCGAGAAAGAGGUCUACUUAUGUUCAAGUUGGCUGAUCUCAUGGAGGAACAUAGAGAAGAACUUGCAACAAUGGAGGUUAUUGAUAGUGGAGCAGUUUAUACAUUAGCACUAAAGACACACGUGGGAAUGAGUAUUGAUGUUUGGCGUUACUUCGCUGGUUGGGCUGAUAAAAUUCAGGGAAGCACAAUUCCGAUAUCCAAUGCUCGACCAAAUCAAAAUCUAUGCAUAACAAUUCGUGAGCCAAUUGGCGUAUGUGGUCUAAUAACUCCGUGGAACUAUCCGCUUAUGAUGCUAUCAUGGAAAAUGGCUGCUUGCCUUGCUGCUGGAAAUACAGUUGUUCAUAAACCUGCCGAAAUGACACCAUUAACAGCAUUGAAAUUUGCUGAAUUAUCUGUUAAAGCUGGAAUACCAGCAGGAGUGAUAAAUAUUAUCACUGGAAAUGGUCCUGAAAUCGGAGAAGUACUUUGCAAUCAUCCACUUAUUAGAAAAAUCGGUUUCACCGGUUCAACAAGAGUUGGGGCCCAAGUAAUGAAAAGCUGUGGAUUGUCAAAUAUCAAAAAAGUAUCGUUAGAGUUGGGAGGAAAGUCUCCACUUAUCAUAUUUCCUGACACAAAUAUGGAUCGCGUUGUUAAACAAGCUUGCAAUGCUGUAUUCUUUAACAAGGGUGAAAACUGUAUUUCGGCAGGUCGUAUAUUUGUUGCAUCUUCGAUUUAUGAAGAAUUCAUUGAAAAAACUAUUCGGGAAACUCAAAAGCUUAUCAUUGGUCAUCCACUAGAUCGGGCAACUUCACAUGGCCCACAAAAUCAUAGGGCUCAUCUAAUGAAAUUACAAAAUUACGUAAAACAGAGUGUGAAUGAAGGUGCUCGUCUCGUUUGUGGAGGACAUCGAGUUAAUCGCGAAGGAUUCUUUUUUGAACCAACUAUUCUCGUGGAUAUUGAUGAUGAUAACUUUGCAGCAAAAGAAGAAUCGUUUGGUCCAAUUAUGGCUGUUAGCAAAUUUGAUGAAAACGAUAUUGACAAUCUAAUAAAACGUUGUAAUGCAACGGAAUAUGGUCUAGCUGCGGGAAUUUUCUCGAACAAUAUUUCAAAAGCAUAUAUUUUUCCAUUUUUUUUCUUAAGAAUUUACGAUUUUUAUUCGGAAAAUGCAAAAUACAAUAAAAAAAAUUUUCGACUUCUCAAAAUCUUCAUUCAAUUCAAAUUCCCAUUUAAUCAAUUAAUAGAUUUAUUGGUUUUGCAUAUAACACGUGAAUUGAAAGCGGGCACCGUAUUUGUCAAUACGUAUCAGAAAACUGAUGUCGCGGCUCCAUUUGGUGGUUUUAAACAGUCUGGAUUCGGCAAGGAUCUCGGUAAAAUAUUUUUUGAAAUCUCGGUCGACACCUUAUGA